UCGAUUUUCUUUUUGUAAACACGUUGCACUGGCGAAUUUAGCAUAAAGUGCGGAAAUCUGUAUAAAAAAAUUGUUGUAAACAAUUGCGACGUGCACUAAUCGAAAUGGCGAAUAUCGAACGGAAAGGCACCUUCAAGGUGGAAUACCUGCAGAAGAUCGAGCGCGAAGUCCAGGAGCGCUGGGAAAAGGAGGGCGUCCAUCAGACGGAUGCGCCAGCGUCGCCAAAGAAGCAACAGUCGGAAAAAUUCUUCGUCACGUUUCCCUUUCCUUAUAUGAAUGGACGUCUGCAUUUGGGCCAUACAUUCAGUCUAUCUAAGGCAGAGUUUGCCGUGCGCUAUCAUCGCCUCAAGGGACGUCGCGUCCUGUGGCCCUUUGGCUUCCAUUGCACUGGAAUGCCGAUCAAAGCCUGUGCCGACAAGUUGACGCGUGAAAUGGAACUUUUUGGCUUUCCCCCCCAGUUUCCAGAAACGGUGGAGGAGGCGCCCGUUGAGGAGAUCAAGUUGGAGAUACCCAAGGAUAAGUCGAAGGGCAAGAAGAGCAAGGCUGUGGCCAAGACGGGUGGCGCCAAGUACCAGUGGCAGAUCAUGCAGAGUCUGGGCCUCAAGGAUGAGGAAAUCAAAGAGUUCUCCGACCCCCAACAUUGGCUGAACUACUUCCCACCGCUGGCGAUACAGGACCUAAAGAGCAUUGGCGCCCACAUCGAUUGGCGGCGCAACUUCAUCACAACGGAUGCCAAUCCCUUUUUUGAUUCGUUCGUCCGCUGGCAGUUCAAUCAUCUGAAGGAGCGCGGCAAGAUUAUGUACGGCAAGCGAUAUACCAUCUUCUCGCCCAAGGAUGGACAGCCGUGCAUGGACCACGACCGUUCCUCUGGUGAGGGCGUGGGUCCCCAGGAGUACACUCUGAUUAAAAUGAAGGUGCUGCAGGCACCCAAAGUAUUGAGCGCUAUCAAGCAACCCAUUUACAUGGUGGCUGCCACACUGCGGCCGGAGACAAUGUACGGCCAGACCAACUGCUGGCUGCAUCCCGACAUCAAGUACAUUGCGUGGCAGACCUCCCGAGAUGAAGUUUGGAUCAGCACUCGUCGUGCUGCGCGCAAUAUGACCUACCAGGGAUUCACCGCCGAGGAGGGCAACAUUGUGGUCCUAGCCGAGAUCACAGGCCAAGAGCUGUUGGGUACUCCAUUGUCGGCUCCCUUAACGUCCCACAAGAUCAUCUACACGCUGCCCAUGCUGAGCAUCAAAGCAGACAAGGGCACGGGUGUUGUUACCUCAGUGCCCUCCGAUUCUCCCGACGAUUACGCUGCUCUGGUGGAUCUUCAGAAGAAGGAGGCGUUCCGCCAAAAGUACGGACUCAAGGAUGAAAUGGUUCUGCCCUACGCACCCUUCCCUAUCAUUGAGGUGCCUACGCUUGGCAAGCUUUGUGCCGUUCAUGCCUACGAGACGCUCAAGAUUCAGUCACAAAACGACAAGGAGAAGCUAGCCGAAGCCAAGGAAAUGUGCUACCUGAAAAGCUUCUAUGAUGGCAUCAUGUUGGUUGGAGAAUAUGCCGGCAGCAAAGUCCAGGAUGUCAAGAAGAAUCUGCAAAAGAAGAUGGUGGAUGCCAACGAGGCGGAGGUAUACUAUGAGCCCGAGAAGACCAUCAUAUCGCGGUCGGCCGAUGAGUGUGUGGUGGCCCUGUGCAAUCAGUGGUACAUCACCUACGGUGAACCCGUUUGGAAAGCGCAGACCGUUAAGAUACUGCAAGACAUGGAGACCUUCCACGAGGAGGCACGCAACAAUUUCGAGGCGUGUCUGAACUGGCUGCACGAGUACGCCUGUUCACGCACCUACGGACUGGGCACCAAGCUGCCGUGGGACGAGCAGUGGCUGAUUGAGUCCCUGUCAGACUCCACCAUCCACAUGGCAUACUAUACAGUCGUGCAUCUGAUACAGGGCGGCAGCCUUCGUGGCGAGAAACCCGGUCCCUUUGGCAUCACACCGGCUGACAUGACUUCUGAGAUCUGGGACUAUAUCUUCUUCAAGGAUACACCACCCCCAAAGAAGUCCAACAUUAAGCUAGAGCAUUUGGCUGUGCUGCGGCGCGAGUUCGAGUAUUGGUAUCCCAUGGAUCUGCGUGUUUCUGGCAAGGAUCUCAUUAAUAACCAUCUGACCUUUACUCUAUACAAUCAUGCGGCCAUCUGGCCCAAAGAUGACACAAAGUGGCCCAAGGGAAUGCGCGUGAACGGCCAUCUACUGCUUAACUCUUCCAAGAUGUCCAAGUCGGAUGGCAAUUUCCUGACCCUAACCGAUGCCGUGGAGAAGUUCUCGGCUGAUGGCAUGCGUCUGUGUCUGGCUGAUGCCGGUGACAGCAUUGAGGAUGCCAACUUUGUGGAGAGCACAGCGGAUGCGGGCAUCCUGCGCCUAUUUACAUUCAUCGAAUGGGUGAAGGAGAUGUUGGAAACGAAGAGCACCCUCAGAAAGGGCGCCGCCAGGACGUUUAAUGAUCAGGUAUUCCUUAGCGAGCUGAACCUCAAGACGCAUCAGACGGACGACAACUACCGGAAGAUGCUGUUCAAGGAGGCCCUGAGGAGCGGUUUCUAUGAGUUGCAGCUGGCCCGCGACAAGUACCGCGAGCUGUGCGGCACCCAGGGCAUGCACGUGGAGCUGGUGCUAGAGUUCAUACGACGUCAGGCUCUGCUGGUGGCUCCCAUCUGCCCGCACAUGGCAGAACACGUUUGGGGACUGUUGGGCAACAAGGAAUCCAUUGUCCACGCUCGCUGGCCCGAGGUAGGGGCCAUCAAUGAGCUCGACAUUAUGUGCUCCGAGUACCUCAUGGAGUCGGCUCACGCCUUCCGUCUCAACCUGAAGAAUCUGCUGCAGCUGAAGGCCAAGGGCGGCAAGGAGAAGGCACUGGAUCCGCAGACAGCGAAACCCAAUCGUGGCCUCAUUUGGGUGGCCAAAACCUAUCCGCCCUGGCAGUCCUGUGUCCUGGACACCAUGAGGGAGCUGUUCAACAAGUCCAAGGCCUUGCCGGACAACAAGGUGAUUGCUGCCACCCUCCAGCAGAAGGCGGAACUCAAGAAGUUCAUGAAGCGAGUGAUGCCGUUCGCUCAAAUGAUACGCGAGAAGGUGGAGUCGGGCAAGGGAGUGGCGGCCAUGGCUGUCAACCUGGAGUUCGAUGAGCGACAAGUGCUGAUCAGCAAUCUGGAGUACCUCAAGAACACACUGGAUCUUGAUUCUCUGGAAGUCAAGUAUACCGAUGAUCCUUCGGCACCAGAGAAAACUCGCGAAGAAGUGCGCCCUGGCUCGCCUUUCAUCAGCUUCAGUGUGGCCCCCAAUGUCAGCGUUGAGCUGGUGAAUCCUACAGAGCGUUCCUCGCUCUUCCAAGUCAACACCAUCAUCUCCGAGGGCGACACAGUACAGUCACUGCGUGAGAAGAUCACCAAAUUUAUUGGGCUCAAAACGGAUCAGUCUAAUCUGAAAAUCUGGCGCUUCGAUGAUCCCCGGCUGGGUCCCCGAAAGAUACCCAACUUCGAAGAUUACAAGACAGGCAAAACGUUGCUCAGCGAGGGAAAUUUCAUCCUGGAUGUGGCUGCCAAGCGAGUGAGCGUGGAGCAGGGAGGCAAACUAACCGAAGUGGGUCGCAAUCUGAUCUAUGUGGUGGAGUAGAUGGAUGCACGGCCGAGUGCAUACUGAACUAAUUUAUUCACAAAGGGAAUUUGUAACCUUGUAAACAAGUUGAUGGUUAUUAAAGAACUACCUUAAUAUACUG